AAACUGAUCAAUAAUAGUAGUGGCAUUAGUUGAAAUUGGACAGAGAUUGGAUACCUUUUUAGAUAGGUGUUCUUGAGCACCACUGACAACACGGUUCUGACAGUAUUUCAUGACAAUGGAUGGUGACAGUUCUACAGAUGCUACCCAACUAGGAAUUUCUGCAGACUACAUUGGAGGAAGUCAUUAUGUGAUACAGCCUCACGAUAAUACUGAGGACAGCAUGAAUGAUCAUGAAGAUACAAAUGGUUCAAAAGAAAGUUUCAGAGAACAAGAUAUAUAUCUUCCAAUUGCAAACGUGGCUAGGAUAAUGAAAAAUGCUAUACCUCAAACAGGAAAGAUUGCAAAAGAUGCCAAAGAAUGUGUGCAGGAAUGUGUGAGUGAGUUCAUAAGCUUUAUAACAUCAGAGGCAAGUGAAAGAUGCCAUCAAGAGAAGCGGAAGACAAUCAAUGGAGAGGAUAUUCUCUUUGCCAUGUCUACCUUAGACUUUGACAGUUAUGCAGAACCUCUGAAAUUAUAUCUUCAGAAAUUCAGAGAGGCUAUGAAAGGAGAGAAGGGAAUUGGUGGGGCAGUCACAGCUACAGAUGGACUAAGUGAAGAACUUACAGAGGAGGCAUUUACAAACCAGUUACCAGCUGGCUUAAUAACUGCAGAUGGUCAACAACAAAAUGUUAUGGUUUACACAACGUCCUAUCAACAGAUUUCUGGUGUUCAACAAAUUCAGUUUUCAUGAUCUGAAGAAAUGACGGAAUAGGGAGUGGAGAGAAGUGAGCGUGUACGAUUUGGGAACAGAGACAUGAGAGGAAAUGACUGGUGAAGCGCUGUCUCUUUGUAUAUUAAGUAGCUGUAAUGUAUGUAGCUUCUUGAUGCUUGACUAAUUGAGGUGUUAAUUCUGACUUGAUGAGAAUCUUUUUCAUGAAUGAUUUUAAAGACAAAUUUGGAUUUUAAAGGUAUUAAAAUAUUUUGUUUUGUA